AUGACAGAGUGGCAAGUGCUGUGGAAUCAAGUCGCGGCACUGGUGCUGAAUUUGAGGAUAUGGUUUAUUCGCGAAGUACUGAGGCGUCCAAGCCCAGAAUUCCUUUCUGCUGGCGAUUCGACGACAGAGAACCACCUUCGGUGUGUUGCUGCGCAGAUCAUCGGGCCAGGGGGAGUGGACCAGGUGCAAGCUUACAAUGGCUGUUGGGCUGUUUGUGGCUACAACGUGAUGAAGGAAUUUGGAAGUCAGCGAAUCGAAUCGCCUCCGUCUUCCUUGCGACCUGACUUGGUGGUCAUUCGAAACAAGGCCUUCAGCGUGAACUAUGCGGACAUUUGCAUUCGAUGGGGUCUUUAUGAAUCAGCUCUGCGCUAUGUUGGGUGGCCGAUCAUCCCUGGCUUUGACAUAGCAGGGGAAAUCGAGAUCGCUGGUGCGGAUUCUGGUUUUUCUCCUGGAGACCGAGUCUUCGGAUGCAGUUUCUUCGGUGCUUAUGCUUCUCGUGUGGUGGUGCCGCAUUGGCAGGUGAUGAAGAUGCCUCAAGACAUGACUUUUGAGUCCGCUGCGGCACUUCCAACUGUUUUGCUAACUGCGCAGCAUGCUGUGAAUCUCGCGGGAGUUCCUACGCUAAUCGGCCAAGGUCAUUUCGCCUUGGUGCACUCUGCUGCCGGAGGCGUGGGGGACAUGCUUUGCCAGAUUCUACGCAUUUAUGGAUUGACCGUUGUUGGUAUCGUUGGGAGCCAAAGCAAAGUUCGUUCAUGCAAGGCAAAUAUUGUCAUUGACAAAUCACACGAAGAUUGGGCAAAAGCCGCGCGAAAACAUGCACCAAAUGGAUACCGCGCAGUGUUCGAUGCGAAUGGUGUAGCCACUUUGAAGGUUUCGUAUGAUUUACUCAGCAGAAGUGGCAGGCUUAUCGUGUAUGGCUUUCACUCCAAUUUGCCCAAGUGUGACGGAAGCUCGCUGGGAACGCUCUCCCCGCUUCAUUGGCUUCGGAUGGCCAUAGAUUUGGCCAGAACACCUCAUUUUGACCCCAUGUCUUUGACUUUGGACUCCAAAGCAGUCCUGGGUUUCAACUUGAGCUUCUUCUCAGACGAGAUUGAGACAGGGCAGAAGUACUUGUCACAGAUGCAAGAAUGGAUUCAAAGUAGAAAGAUCGAAGUGCCACCAAUUAGCACCUUUGACUUUAGCCAUAUUCGGCAGGAGCGGCUCUACGGGCUUUCAAACCCUCAGGGCAACCAUGGCGAGGAUGUGAAGGAGCUGUACUACUAUUUGGAUGCUACGCCGACACACAGCUACAUGAAGAUGAUGUACAAGUAUCCGCAGGCAGAGUUUCCAUACGACGAGUUGCGACGAGUCAACUUUGAAAGAAAGAAGGAUCCGAUGCUUUUGGAGUACGAGUUGCUCGACACGGGAAUCAUGGAUGACGACAAGUAUUUUGAUGUUGUGGUGGAGUAUGCUCAAGGUGAACCAGAUGACACUCUGGUGCAAAUUACGGCCUACAACCGUGGAAACGAAGAGGCAGAGCUGUGCCUCUUGCCUCAGGCUUGGUUCCGCAACACUUGGUCAUGGAGUUCCACUUCCAAGAGACCAAGUAUGUCUUAUGUUCCAGAUCAACGGAGGAUAGAGAUCUUGCACGAAAAGCUUGGCUCAUACAACCUCUAUGUGGAUGAAAACACAGAGGUGAUUUUCUGCGAGAAUGACACCCAUGAUGCUCGAGCAACCUUCGGUGCUUUGAGCCCCUACAAGGAAUCCGAGCCUGUCUCGCAGAAUGAGACGCUCAAAGAGUUGGGCGACUUUCGCGUCCUCAGCGCAGCGGGGUGGCAUGCGAUUCAUCGCCGUUUUGAGACCCGCCUCGGACCUGCUCCUGACGGAGCUCAGGAAACCGGAAAAGAUCAGGGCUACCGCUUUCAUUUGAGUGGCCGCAGCACUGGGCACUUCAAGGAUGGAUUCCACGAUUAUGUGAUCCGUGGAGACAAGGCAGCGGUGUCAAGCAGUGGCGGCACAAAGGUAGGCUUGCUGACAAGGCACAAAGUGGCCGGAGGCAGUCAUGUGACUGCAAGACUGCGCCUGACCCAUUCAAGCAAAAGUUUUGACAGGAGCGCCUUCGCUGAUUUUAACAUGAUGUUUCAACACCGGAGAGAAGAUGCAGACAGGUUCUAUAUGUUCCUCCAAGAUGACAUACAUUCUGAAGAACGAAGACUCAUUCACCGGCAGGCACUUGCAGGGAUGGUUUGGACAAAGCAGCUGUAUUACUAUGACAUCCGUACUUGGCUGCAAGGCGAUUCAGGGUAUCCUAAGCCACCAAGUCGCGGAGGUCGCAACGAAGACUGGGAUCACCUCUACAACUUGGAUGUGAUCUCGAUGCCGGACAAGUGGGAAUAUCCUUGGUACGCCACUUGGGACUUAGCUUUUCAUUGCUUACCUUUGGCCCUGGUGGAUGCGACUUUUGCGAAGGAGCAGUUGCGCCUAUUGACCUCUGAAAGGUUCAUGCAUCCCAACGGCCAGCUUCCUGCUUAUGAAUGGAAUUUUAACGACGUGAACCCUCCAGUUCAUGCAUGGGCUGUCUGGCGCGUCUUCCAGAUGGAUCGGAAGAACCGUGGUGAUGCUGGCGACCUAGGUUUCCUGGAAGAGCUCUUCCACAAGAUGAUGUUGAACUUUCAGUGGUGGGUGAAUCGGAAGGAUGCCGAGGGAAGGAACAUUUUUCAAGGAGGAUUUCUGGGUUUGGACAACAUCGGAGUUGUGGAUAGAAGCCAACCUUUUCCAAAUGGUGGGAUGAUCAACCAGUCUGACGGCACGAGCUGGAUGGCGUUUUACAGUCUGACACUGAUGCGGAUGGCACUGGAACUGGCAUUGAACAAUCCUGUGUACGAGAGCAUUGCUUGCAAAUUUGCAGAGCAUUUUUUGCUGAUUGCAAGGGCUAUGACCCGAGUUGCAAACAAUGCAGAGCAUGGCCUUUGGGAUCCCUCAGAUGAGUUUUACUACGACGUCCUCGCCAACCCCGAUGGCACAAGGGAGCCGAUCAAGCUCCGCAGUAUUGUUGGCUUGAUCCCGCUCUUUGCAGUGGAGGUUCUUGAGCCAGACAUGCUGACUAAGCUGCCUCGGUUUGCUGGACAGAUGCAAUGGCUCUUUGAGCAUCGGCCAGAUUUGGCAUCUUUAGUCUCCCGCUUCGAAGAGCCUGGCCGGGGAGAGCGGCGGCUGCUCUCGCUACUGCGAGGCUACAGGAUGAGAGCUCUUUUGAAGCGAAUGUUGGAUCCUGAAGAGUUCCUUUCCGACUAUGGCAUUCGGGGGCUGUCGAAAUAUCAUGACAAGAAUCCGUACGCCUUCGGAGAUGGCCCACCGCUGCAGUAUGACCCAGCAGAGGCCACGACCAUUAUCAUGGGCGGCAACUCGAACUGGCGUGGGCCUGUUUGGUUUCCCAUCAACUACCUUCUGAUCGAGUCCCUGCAAAAGUUCCAUCAGUACUACGGCGAUGACUACUUGGUCGAGUUCCCAACAGGGUCUGGCCAAAAGAUGAACAUUCUCAAGAUCGCUGAUGAGCUCUCUGAGCGACUCAUCAAGAUCUUUGAACGGGACCAGGAUGGCUACCGACCAGGGAUGAAUUUGCACCCAAAGAUGAAGGAAGACCAUUUUCAUGAGAACAUCCUUUUCUAUGAGUACUUCCAUGGAGACAAUGGCAGAGGUGUUGGCUCCUCGCACCAAACUGGUUGGACGGGCCUUGUGGCCAAAUUGAUUCAAGCUAGAGGCAGAGAGGACGCACACGAGUCCUAA